AUGAUUGUGCAUGUGGGGAGAGUAUUCAAGGUGAGAGCGUGGAACUGGAUACAGCAAUGGGGCAAGUUGAUCCUGUGCUCCUCAGAGAGGAAGGAAUAACAAACAGGGAGAGCACCCAAUUAACUCUAAUUGCAAGAAUGGUUGAACAUAUCUUCCAGCAAAUUAGAGGUAUUGCCUCUCAAAUAACCCAAUUAUCCAAAGAGGUCCACAGUUUAUCAGUUAAUACCAAGCAGGCAUCAACAGAACACCAUAGUACCAAAGGAAAUUGGCGACAACAAGAGCAGACUCCUAAGCUCAACAUAGAACGUGCAGAGGCUCUUAAAACAAACUCUUCUUAUUUAAUCUUCCAACCAAAAAAGAUCUGCAUGACAAUUUGUGGAAGGCCAGAUCAAACUCCUAGCUGGAAAGGUGCCCAGCGUUCCAAACGACAUUUAUCAGACUUACUUGGCAUUGGACUUACAGAGAUUGACCUCGCUAGGACUGAACUCUUGAAUACCACAAAUCAAAGCCAAAAAAUUAUGUUAACUUUUUCCUCUACUAGACUGCCCUCACUGAUUCACAAGCUGAAAUUCAGAUUGUCAAGCAGAGGAGUUUUUCCAACCCGGGUAUUUCACAAUUCUAUUGUUGCACCCUUAUGUAAGAUGAGGACUGGUGCUUCAGAAGGGCUCACAAAACCAAAGCCUGGAUCCCCAAUGGAAGUAAUGACAUCACAAAAAAACUUGACAGGUGGGGAGGAAACAGACAUGCCUGAGUUGAAUUCGCAGGAUCAUGCCCAACAUCAAAAUAACCAGGUGAGCCAAAAGGAACAGCCGAUUCCUCUAGACAAUCAUCUUCAGGAAUCUGAGCACUCUGUAAAUCCUUUGGAAGAGGAUUUUCUCAGCUCCUUUAGGAAUCUCCCUCAGGAAGAGCAACAAACAGUUAUCAAGAGGCUUGAUCUUAUGAGCCAGACAUUGAAAGAGAUUAAAGAACCGGAGGCAGAGAUUGAUAAUAGACCCAAUGGCCACAACAGAAUGAUAACUAUAGAACCACCAGAGUAUUGGACAAAGAUGAGAUAUUUAGAAGAGGAGGAGUCAGGAAACACACCCAAGAAAUCCCCAUUGGCAAACAAUUUGCAAAGAAAAGGCCCAGUGAUUACAAAUGUGAGCACUUUAUGUACUACGACUGAAAUAAUCGAACAUCUGGAUUAUUCCACUAGCAUUAGCAAUACUCUGUUGCCUCAAAAACUGGUAAACUCUGAGAGUACAUUGGCCAACAAUUGACUAAGAGUAAAUCACUGUAAAACAAUUAAACUUCUCUCAUGGAAUGUAACAGGGUGGAUGAACAAGAUCCAAGACAGUGAUUUCUGUUCUUAUCUACAAACACAUGAUAUCAUCUUUCUUCAAGAAACCUGGGCAACGAGGGCACUAUGGUUGAACUACAGGGUUUUACAAGUUACACUCAACCAGCUCUUAAAACUGUAAAGUAUGGAAGGCCUAGUGGGGGGCUGGCGGUGCUGGUGUCAACCUCUCUUAAUGUAUCAAUUCAACAGUGUCCCUCGUUGACCACCCCUAAUUUUUUAGUGUUGUCCCUUUCUGAUAGUCUUCUGAGAAAUACUUAUUGCAUCUGUGUGUACAUACCUCCAGUAAAGUCUUGUGGGAACUGAGAUCAUAUUGGGAUAAACUUGACCAACUACUCGAAAGUAUAGACUCUCUGUCACCUAACCCUCGGCUUGUCUUGGGAGGUGACUUCAAUGCCCGGAUCGGCCUUGUUUCCCCACAAAAUACAAUAUUAUCUGGUCUAAACUUGGAGGACGAACCUGAAAUCUGUCAGAGGGCAGCAAUGGACACCACCUCUAAUCACGCUGGGAAAUAUCUUUGUGAACUCAUAAUAAAGCAUAACCUUUUGUUAUGCAAUGGGCACGGUCAAGGGGAUCAAGAGAGUUAUUUUACUUUUAUCUCCCCCAGAGAAUUUACUAGCACCAUAGAUUAUAUCCUAACAUCUAAUAAUGUGCCAGUUAACCGAGAUACCUUCAGGAUCAUUCCCAGAGCUGAAAGUGACCACUUUCCACUUGAGUUAUCUCUGACAUUAUUCUUUUCUCCUGCCUUUCCUAAAUUAUUGGAUGAAACAGAAUAUCUGAUACUUGGAAACAGAAGGUUAAAAUGGAAUGCACAGGUCCAAGAAAAAAUGAUUCAGAUCCUGGAUUCCCAUGAAUUUGCUUUAUUAAAGGGGGAAAUGUUGUUAGAAACAGGAAACAUAAUUGGACUUUAUGAGAAUAUAAUCAACCAAAUGCGCCCACUGAUGACCACAGCUAGUGUGAUAAAAAACAAAAAGUUUAAGAGACAGACUUGGUUUGAUAAGGAAUGUCAGAAUAGCAAAAAAUACCUAGCUAGGGUACUUAGAAAAUUGAAGUUAAAACAAGAUAAGCACAAUCUUGCUCUACAAGCUGAGGUAGCCCAGUUACGAAACAAUUAUAAAUUAUUACUUAAAAGCAAGAAACAAAUAUAUUAUGAACAACAGUGGAAAGAAUUGGGAGAUGCAGCACUUCAAAAGGACUCACGGAAAUUUUGGCAUCUGGUUGCCCAAGGCACAAAUGGGCUGGGCUACUCGUUAGAAGCAUCUGUCCAAGGAAAGGAUUGGGUGACAUAUUUUACAGAAAUAUAUGGCCCCUGUCCUGAUGGACUUUAUCUCCCUCCCAACAACAAGGUUUCGGGCCCAGAUUCAUGGCACUUACGGGAGAGUAAGACUGCGACGGACUGCUGAAAGGUAUGUGGAGGAAAAGCGAAAGUUGGGAUACUGCCAGGGAGAUAAAGUCCAUCAUGGCCCCCAAGCCGGCUGCCGGACGAUCCAUCGAUCUCCCGUAGACACGCAGUAUCAGCAAUUAGCGACAUGAGCUCCAGAACAUUCUAGAGCCGAUGCACACUCUUUAUCAGCAGAUAAUGCACAGCAGAAGUCGCACUCAGGAGAGCAUUAUUUACAAGUUUUAUUCAGCGUUGAUCAGAACAAAGAAAAACAUGACUGCCUGCUUCAGUGUCUACGACACAGAGAGAGAAACGAAAGCAAUAGAAAACAUAAACUUCCUGUGAACAGGAAAUGCGCAGACUCUGUGACUCACAAAGCCUGCUCCCUUUUAAGGUGGAACAGAAAUAUCCUAACAUCCUCCCCCUUUCCGUGUAACCUGUAGUACCUGUGGUUCAACCCAAUUGCAACCUUUGUACGUAAACCUUAAGUUGUUCUCUGUUAACAACCUUAGACAACAGAUCAGCAGGAAUUUCAUUUCCUGCCAUGUAGGACACCUGAAUGAGUCCUUUCUGAAUACACUCUCUUGCACGAUGUAGCUUAAUCUGCAAGUACUUGGUUCUUUGCUUGCAACUCUCUGAGUUCAGCAAAGCCAAACAAGAUCUAUUGUCUUGAUACACUUGUAUAGGACAUUUCACAGAAACUCUGAUGUCCUUAAACAGUUGCAUCAACCAUUCACAAUCCAUGAGUGAAAAUGACAGAGCAUUGAGUUCUGCUUCACAGGAACUUAGGCUCACUGUUGUCUGCUUCUUGCACAGCCAGUCAGACAGUGGUUGUACAUGUAGCAUACUCCAGAAGUGCUUGUACCAUCCGUGGUGUCACUUCCAAAACUUGCAUCUGCAAAGAUUUCAAGACCUCCAGUCUUCUGACUGGUGAACCUCAGCCUGUAGUGCAUAGUCCCUUUCAAAUAGCGGGCUAUGCGCUCAGAGCUUUCAAUCUUGAACAGUAGGAUUGUUAGCAUGUCUGCUAAGCAGGUUAGUGCUUACAGCAAUGUCAGGUCUUGAACAUCUAGCAAUGAAAUUCAACUUGCCUAGAAUGCAUCUGUACAGCGUUGUGUCAGAAAACGCUUCAGCAGUACUAUCUACCUGGUAACCUGUCACCAUCGGUGUGUCUGCUGGGUUUGCAUUAACCCAAUUCAACCUGGUUAAUACAUCAGCAAUUUUCUGUGUUUGGUGUACCAGAAAAUUACCUGCUUGGUCCCUCUCCACCUGCAGAGAAAGAUAGUUGGAUACCUCACCAAGAUCCUUCAUGUCAAAGUGCUCCUUCAGCUGAGCUAGGGUGCUUUGGUACAAAGCCUGAUUCUUCCAAAACAUCAGAAGAUCAUCAACAAAACAUAAACAAUACAGUUUGUUUUGCCCUCCUCCUUGACAAACACACAUGGAUCAGCUUUGCCCUGGUGAAAACCUAGAGAAAGCAACGUCUCAGUGAGUUUCGUGUUCCAACACCUGGCACUCUGCUUGAGACCAUAUAAGGAUUUCCGGAGUUUACAGACCAUUCCCUUCUGUAUCUGCAUUCCAUCAGGUGGAAGCAUAAACAGCUCCUCCCCCAAAAUCCCGUACAAAAAAGCUGUAUUAAUGUCAUGAUGGGAAACAUGCAGUUUCUCCUCCGCAGCGAUCUUGAGCAUCAGCCGAAUGCUCUCAUACUUGACUGUGGGAGAGUAGGUCUCGUGGUAAUUCUGUCCUGGUACCUGUGAAAAACCUCUGGCGACCAAUCUGGCUUUGUAUCUGACAACCUUGCCAUUCUGGUCUGUCUUGGCCAUGAAGACCCAUUUGCUGCCAACCAGUCUCAUUCCUGGGACUACCGGUACCAGUUCCCAAGUUUGGUUCCUAUUCAAGGAAUCAACUUCAGCCUUCAUGGCAUUAAGCCAAGGCUCAGCAUCUUUAGAGGUUAACUCCUGAACCUCUUUGAAGCUUGAAGGUUCCCACACCUUUUCUGAGCUACUAAGAACAGCAGUUGCUGUCUUAGCAAACUCAUCAGCAAAUCUCUUUGGAGGUCUGCCCUUGGUCGCCCUUUCAGAUCUGUGUACUAGACGCAAGUCUUCUGGACUCAUCUCCUCCUUCUUAGGAGAAAAGUGACCAAUGGUGAACAGUGGUUCUUCCAGUUCAUUGUCAGAUGCAUCAGAUGGUCUGACUGAGGCCUUUGCGCUCUUGUAGUCUGCUGUGUCAUCACUGUCGCUGACAUCAGCAGCAGCGCCGCCCACUGAACUGGAAUCCGAACUCUGAUCAUCAUCAUCAUCAUCCUCAGCAGCUUCCUCAGCUUUAUCUGCUUCCUUGACGUCACCUUCAUCCUCCUCUGGGUAACUCUGGAAAAUUCCCACAUUCCCCCCCCACUUAGGAUUGUACUCAACACUCUUUGUGAACUUAAUGGACUUAGAGUCAAUCAUCCAUACCCUGUAUGCUCCUUUUUCGUACCCCAUGAACAAACCAUGUGCCCCACGCUUCCCAAGCUUGUUGCUCUGUGGGGUGUGUACCCACAUGUCAGAACCAAAGAUUCUCAUGUGCUUGAUGUUGGGUUUCUUACCAAACAUCUUCUCAUAGGGGGGUACAACCAAUAGGUGAUGACAAUCUGCGAUUAUAAGUGUAAACAAAAUUCGACAGAGCCUCCCCCCAAUACUUAUCAGGGAGAUUGGCAUCAUGCAACAAUGUUUUCAUUCCUUGCAGCAACGUUUGAUUUGCUCGCUCUGCAAGUCCAUUCAUCCAUGGCGAUCUAGGCGUUGACAAGUCAUGUUGGAUUCCCUUCUCAGUCAGGAAAGCUUCAAACUGCUGAGAAGUGAACUCCCCGCCUCGAUCAGUAAACAGACAGCCAAUGCGUUUACCGUGAACAUUCUCCAACCAAGCACAGAAUGCCUUGAAUUUAGGAAACGCUUGCGAUUUCUGCUCGAGCAUAAACACAUGAAUGUACCUGGUAAAAGAAUCAAUUAGAAGCAUGAAGUACCUUGCUCCUCCCAAAGAGGGUGCAAGUGGACCAACCAGGUCUGCGUGGACUAGCUGGUAGGGUUUGGAAGCCUGCCUGCUAGACUCCUUGCCUUUUGGAGCAACCUUCACCUUGUUCUCUGCACAAGAUACACAUUUCAUGUGAAACUUACAGGGUUUGAUGUUCAAACCCUCAACCAUCUCUGGCAUCUUGGCCAGUGCCUUCCAAGAGAGGUGACAAAACCUUCUGUGUGCAUCAUGAAUGCAUCCUGCAUGAAGAACUUUGUUAGUUUGUGCAACACAACAAGAAUCAACAUUAGACACAACAGCACCAUUGUCAUCAUAAGUUAUACAGAACAAUCCAUCCAUAAACUUUGCAUGCAAAAUGUCCUCUUUGCCUUUUCUGAUGACACAGACGCUCCUCUUGAAGGAAAUCUCAAAGCCACGCCCAGUCAGCUGUGGGACACUGAGCAAAUUGUCUGCAGCACCUGGAACAUAUAGUACAUCUUUGAUGGUAGUGUGCAGACUUGCUAGUUUCACAGUCCCUUCUCCCGCAAUUCGCAACGUCUUUCCGUCAGCCAGGUGGAUCUCACCUUCUUGAGGUUUGAAGGAGAUAAAGAGAUGGCGGUCCUUUGAGACAUGGCGGAUGCACCCCAAAUCAAUAACAAACCUGGCCUUGGCCUUUGGAGCAGCCUUUCCAGCAAGCAAAACCUUGUUUUCCACCAGCGUGGGCUUUUGCAGCUUGCCCCCCUGCUCCUGGCCAUCAGACUUGCCUUUAGCCUUUGGUGAAGCUGUGCCAGCAAACAAAGCCUUGUUUUCCAUUGGCGUGGGCUCUUCACCCCCCUUCUGCUUCUGGCCACCUGCAGGCAUCUGUCUCUGUUUACUUCUAGCCUUCCGGUAUCUGUGAGGAUGACCUUGGCUCCCAUGAGAAACAGAGCUCUCAGCUGCUGACUCCUUGGCUCCCCCUGGAGGCUGGAAUGCUGCCUGGGAUGACAUCACAGUCAGCUCCUCCUGCAGCUUGCAAACGGUGCCCUCGGCAUCCCUGCAUUCACCCACACUCUGGGAAACAGCCAGGACCUCCGAUGCAGUCAAACUCUGGGCUGGGAUGACUGGCAGAUGGGCUAUCUUCAAAGCAUUCCACAUCUUACGUGCAGUCACGUUGCCAGCUAACGUUUUAAUUUCCUCCAGAGAGACGGACAAGACUAUUACGUCAAUGGCCUUCGAAUUCUGGGCCCUCCAUCUAUCUGUCAGAGGAACUGGAGGGGCUUCACUCACAGUAUGCCACACUCCAAACUGACGCAGCAAACUCUCACACCAUUUUGCCCAGGUUUUAUCAUUGUGGCCAUUUAACUUUGGGCACUCAGCAGCCUCAGAAGCUUGGAAAAACUCCAUUCCAGCUUUUCACUUGAGCCUUGAGUCUAUAUGCCUUCAAAAACUUCUUAUCUCGGCAGCUCAUAAAUCACGAAGCCUCUGGCGCGGCUCAUCAGCCUCCCUGUUGGAAAGGGACUACUGGAAACAGAAAAACUUGCAAGGUGGUGGUAUUUAGGAGCUAGAUAACCCUAAAUAUUGGUGGGGAGGAGGGGAGAACUCAACAUGGGGAUGCCAUUUUGACAUGCAUAAUAUAUAGUUCAGAACCUAAACACUAUGAUGAAAGGGUUCUUCUCUGAUGCUCACAUAGAAAAUCCCCCAUUUGCUUUUCAGUCUUUUAAAUUAUGGAGUAUGUGUUUCUUACCAUUGUCUUUUUUUGUCACAUUUACUUCCCUACACCCCCCUGACAGGUCACAUUAGGAAAAGUGUUAAAAGUCAUAGUGAUAAUGCGGAGCCUCUUCAUUUACCGAACAAUUGUCAAGGGGUAUCAUGAAAAUGUAUACACGGAGGAUGGCAAGGUAAGUGUCUCUUCCAUAUUUCCCUUUGCUAUGGAUGUUUAUAUGGAACUUGGUGCUCAGACAUUUACAGAAGAGCAAGUCUCUACAACUGAUGCAUCUCUGGCCCAAGAAGCUGUCCUAAUGUUAUUUAUGUAAAGCAUCCCACUUUUAAUUUUAGAUAACUUAUCUACUGAUUUACUAUAUCCUCAGCCCUUAGACCAGGUGUGAGGACCCUUGGCACCCCAGAUGUUGCUGGAUGGCAAGUAUCACAAUCCUUGGCCAUUACCCAUGCUUGCUAAAGCUGAUGGGAGUUAUCAUUAAGCAGCUUCUGAAUGGCCAAAGGUUCUCCACACUUGCCUUAGGCCCAUGUUGCAUCAUUAUUAGGAUCUACUAUUGCUGGGGCACAUCAGUUGUCCAGGCUUUGGAUUCCCCCCCCCCCCGAGCCACCAGGAAAUUGUACACAAAUUUUCCAUUCAAUAAGGAAAAACCUCUUUUUGGUGAGAAAUCGGGGGCUUGUCCCAAGUUGGUUUAAUCUGAUGGCAGCCACAGCAUUCUGAAUGGCAGCUAUUAAGGAAGUGCAACCUGCUUCCAUGAGUGAUCUGCUUCAUGGGGGGGGGGGGAAUCACCUGGCUUGAACCCCUAAUUUCUCUUGACUGCAUGCACUCCAUAUGGCUUUCUGUGGCGCUUUAGAGGAUGUUAAUGGGACCUGACAGCCUUCAAGUUGGUUUCUUUCUCUCUUCAGAGUGGAAUGGGCUCUUGCUGUCAGAGAAGUUCCCUCACUGAAGAGGGUAGAUCAAGCAGGUACAGAGGCAGAGGGAAGAGAAUGCCUCAGAGAGGAGGGAGAAGAGGGGAGUAGCAGGAAUUUGACCUCUGUACAGAGAGGCACAGCGAACUGGAAUGCAACUGACAGGCUCCAGUGAAGACAAAACAGAAGGAGAGGGGGAGAUAGGAGGGUGGAAUCGCCCAGAAGCAGGAGACUUUUGAAGCUAGCCGAGAAGAGGGGGGCUGGAAGGAGGAAAAGGUGGGGGAUUUCCUGCUGGGACAGGAAAGGGAGGAAUCACCAUGUUUCGGCAGCUGGAUCAUCAUCAGAGGACUUACCAGAGCUCCUUGUAAUGUAGUAAUAAAUCUGCAAUAAUUAACUGCCGGAGUUGUGUCGUGUGGGGGAGAGACACUUGCUGAGACACCCACCUAGGCUCACCUUUUUGCCAAUAACAAGUACUAAGCACUCCUGAGGGACGCGGGUGGCACUGUGGUCUAAACCACAGAGCCUAGGGCUUGCACAUCAGAAGGUUGCUCGGUCCCUGCUCCUGCCAACCUCGCAGUUUGAAAGCACAUCAAAGUACAAGUAGAUAAAUAGGUACCGCUCCGGCGGGAAGGUAAACGGCAUUUCUGUGCGCUGCUCUGGUUCUCCAGAAGCAGCUUAGUCAUGCUGGCCACAUGACCCAGAAAAACUGUCUGCGGACAAAUGCCGGCUCCCUCGGCUUAUAGAGCGCGCAUCCCGAAAGUCGUCCGUGACUGGACCUAACGGUCAGGGGUCCCUUUAGGCACUCUUGUCUCUCACAUUCUUCCCCCGCCCCUCUGGAUCUCUCUCUCUCCUUAUUACAAAACCCAUUAAAAACAUAAGGUUCAUAAUAACCAGACAAGCACUUGCGCUUCGAGGCCCCCAAGCCCUUCCCCUGAAAAUAACUUCACACUGACACGUAAUUUUAGUUUAAGUUAUUGGGCAAAAUUUAGGCCACAACGUUAUUGAUUACAGCAAAGUGAGCGGUGUUGGCUUAGGCAUUGGCAACAGACUAUAACUGACUCCUGCCUCUCUGGCUGGAAGUCUGAAAGGGUAAACACCAAACGAGGGAACAACAUCGAUGAAGACCAACCAAAGCUCACCCCAGGGUUCCUGUGGUCCUGGCAUGGCCCUAGCCCCUCAAGGGGACUUCGGACGAGAUCCAGGACCCCCAGAUUCCUUUACCGGAAUACCCUUAUUCAUGGAGGGGCAGGUGAUGGCUGCACCUCCCCUCCCACCCACUUCAAUAAGCCAAUGCCUAACUCCCACACGAGCCUAGCGCUCGCCGCCAACACCCUUACUUCGCAAACAGUCCUUCAAGCCAUCUGGGACCUUGGCCAACCACACAUUGUUACCUUUGUCAGAUAAAUGCACUCCAUCUGCCCUAAACAGGGCUGCAUUAGAGAAGGUAAUACCAGGGUGGUAUUACGAGUCUCAGAUAUGUUUAGAGACCCAUGCACGCUCUAUCAGCAGAGUGUGUAAAUCUUCUCACAGCAGAAGAGGUGGACAGAGAAACGUGUAAGCAUUAUAUUACAGCAUUUUAUUCAGCAGCAGGAACAAAGGAAAAAAUAUGUCUGCUUCCCUUUGUCUGCAGCAAAAAAAAGCAGUAACCCAAAAGCUAUAUACAAAAGCUAUAUAGAAAGUGCUGGAAGUAAACAGGCAUGUGACACACAAAUAUCAUGCCUGUACCCUUUUAAGGUGGAAUGGAACUACAUCCUCCCCCUUUCCAUGUAACCUGUCGUUCUUGUGGUUCAACCCAAUUGCAACCUCUGUACAUAAACCUUAAGUUGUUCUCUGUUAACAACCUUAGACAACAGAUCUGUAGGAAUUUCAUUUCCUGGCAUGUAGGACACCAGAAUGAGUCCUUUCUGAAUACACUCUCUUGCACAAUGUAGCUUUAUCUGCAAAUAUUUGGUUCUUUGCUUGCAACUCUCUGAGGCCAACAAAGCCAAACAGGAUCUGUUAUCUUGAUACACCUGUAUAGGACAUGUCACUUUGACUCUGAUGUCCUGAAACAGUUGCAUCAACCAUUCACAACCCAUGAGUGAAGAUGACAGGGCAUUGAGUUCUGCCUCACAGGAACUUAGGCUUACUGUCAUCUGCUUUUUGCACAGCCAGUCAAACAGACAGUGGUUGUACAUGUAGCACACUCCAGAAGUGCUUGUACCAUCCGUGGUGUCACUUCCAAAACUAGCAUCUGCAAAGAUUUCAAGACCUCCAGUCUUCUGACUUGUGAACCUCAGUCUGUAGUGCAAAGUCCCCUUCAAAUAGCGGGCUAUGCGCUUCAGAGCUUUCCAAUCCUGAACAGUAGGAUUGUUGGCAUGUCUGCUAAGCAGGUUAGUGCUUACAGCUAUGUCAGGUCUUGAACAUCUAGCAAUAAAAUUCAGCUUGCCUAGAAUGCAUCUGUACAGUGUGGUGUCAGAAAAUGCUUCAGCAGUACUAUCUACCUGGUAACCUGUUACCAUCGGUGUGUCUACAGGAUUUGCAUCAACCAAAUUCAGCCUGGUUAAUACAUCAGCAAUUUUCUGUGUUUGGUGUACCAGAAAAUUACCUGCCUGGUCUUUCUCUACCUGCAGAGAAAGAUAGUUGGAUACCUCACCAAGAUCCGUCAUGUCAAAGUGCUCCUUCAGUUGAGCUAGGGUGCUUUGGUACAAAGCCUGAUUCUUCCAGAAAAGAAGAAUAUCAUCAACAAAGCAUAAACAAUACAGUUUGCUUUGCCCCUCCUCUUUGACAAACACACAUGGAUCAGCUUUGCCUUGGUGAAAACCUAGAGAAAGCAAUGUCUCAGUGAGUUUUGUGUCCCAACACCUGGCACUCUGCUUGAGACCCUAUAGGGACUUCUGUAGUUUACAGACCAUUUUCUUCUGUAUCUGCAUUCCAUCAGGUGGAAGCAUAUACAGCUCCUCCCCCCAAAACCCCGUACAAAAAAGCUGUGUUCACGUCGUGAUGAGAAACGUGCAGUUUCUCCUCUUCAGCAAUCUUGAGCAUUAGUCUAAUGCUCUCAUACUUGACGGUGGGUGAGUAGGUCUCGUGGUAAUCCUGUCCUGGUACCUGUGAAAAACCUCUGGCGACCAAUCUGGUUUUGUGCCUGACAACCUUGCUAGUCUGGUCUGUCUUGGCCUUGAAGGCCCAUUUGCUGCCAACCAGUCUCAUUCCUGGGACUACUGGCACUAGCUCCCAGGUUUGGUUCCUAUUAAAGGAAUCAACUUCAGCCUUCAUGGCAUUAAGCCAUGGUUCAGCAUCUUUAGAGGUUAAUUCUUGCACCUCUUGGAAGCUUGAUGGUUCCCACACCUUCUCUGAGCUACUAAGAACAGCAGUUGCUAUCUUAGCAAACUCAUCAGCAAAUCUCUUUGGAGGUUUGCCUUUUGUGGCCCUUUCAGAUCUGCGUGCUAGACGCAAGUCUUCUGCACUCAUCUCCUCCUUCUUAGGAGAAAAGAGGCCAAUGGUGAACAGUGGUUCUUCCAGUUCAAUGUCAGACGCAUCAGAUGGUCUGACUGAGGCCUUUGCGCUCUUGUAGUCUGCUGUGUCAUCACUGUCGCUGACAGCAGCACCAGCGCUGCUCACUGAGCUGGAAUCCGAAUUCUGAUCAUCAUCCUCAGCUUCCUCUUCUACCUCAUCAUCUUCAUCCCCCUCUGAGUGACUCUGAAAAAUCCCCACAUUCCCCCCCCCCCAUUUGGGAUUGUACUCAACACUCUUUGUGACCCUAAUGGUCUUAGAGUCAGUCAUGAAUACCCUGUAUGCACCUUUUUCGUACCCCAUGAACAAACUAUGUGCCCCACGCUUCCCAAGCUUGCUGCUCUGUGGGGUGUGGACCCACAUGUCAGAACCAAAGAUUCUCAUGUGCUUGACGUAAGGUUUCUUACCAAACAUCUUCUCAUAGGGGGUACAACCAAUAGGUGAUGACAGUCUCCUGUUAUAGGAAUAAAGGAAACACGAUAAAGCUUCAGCCCAAUAUUUCUCAGGGAGAUUGGCAUCAUGCAACAAGGUUUUAAGGCCUUGCAGCAAAGUCUGGCUUGCCCACUCGCAAAGUCCAUUCUCCCAUGGAGAUCUGGGACUUGAGAGGUCGUGCUGGAUUCCCUUCUCAGUCGGGAAAGCUUCAAACUGCUGAGAAGUGAAUUCACCGCCUCAAUCAGUAAAUAAACAGCCAGUGCGUUUACUGUGAGCAUUCUCCAACCAAGCACAGAAUGCCUUGAACUUAGGAAACGCUUCUGACUUCUGCUGGAGCACAAACACAUGAAUGUACCUGGAAAAAGAAUCAAUUAAAACCAUGAAGUGCAUUGCUCCACCCAAAGAGGGUGCAAGUGGACCUACCAGGUCUGCAUGGACUAGCUGAUAGGGUUUGGAAGCCUGUCUGUCAGACACCUUGCCUUUCGGAGCAAUCUUUACUUUGUUUUCAGCACAAGAUAUACAUUUCAUGUGAAACUUACAGGGUUUGAUGGACAUACCCUGAAACAACCCAGGCAUCUUGGCCAGUGCCUGCCAUGACAUGUGACCAAAUCUUCGGUGCGCCUCGUGAAUGCAUCCUGCAUGAAGAACUUUGUUAGUUCGUGCAACACAACAAGAUUCAACAUUAGACACAUCAACAGCAUUGUCAUCAUAAGUUAUCAAGAACAAGCCACCCCGUUAUCCAAUUCGAUUGAUAAGACAAUCAGAAAACAUUGGCACCUGAUACAAGACGUACCAGGCUGCCCUUUUAUACCUCCACAGAUCAGUUUCCGUAGAACCAGGAACUUUAAAGACAUGCUUGUACACGCAGAUAUAACAGAUAAGAACCAGUCGCAAGAUUGCAAUAUAAAGGGACAUUUUAAAUGCGGAAGAUGUGCAGCGUAUAGUUUAACAGUUGAGACGAAAGAUUUUAUUAUACCUGGAACCAACAGCAUUAUCAAACUGGAAGCAUUUACCAACUGUAAUUCCCGUGGAGUGGUAUAUGCAAUUCAAUGUAUUUGCGACCGUUGGUACGUGGGCAGCACUACAAGAACGGUUAAAACUAGAAUACUAGAGCAUAAGAAUCGUAUUUUUAACAAGGUGUUGGAAGCACCUCUUACAUCUCACUUCUUAGAGGCUAAACAUAAGGCAACGAAUUUCAGAUGGUUUAUCAUUUAUAAACAUCACACUCCUGAGGCAAACAUGGAUAUCUUAAGAAAGAAAUUAUUACAGAAAGAAAUAUAUUGGAUUUUUAGAUUUGGCUCCUUAAUUCCGUCAGGUCUCAAUGCUUAUAUUGACUUUAGUUCAUUUUUAUAAUUUUCUACAACUCCAUUCAAUAUCAUUCUUGUUAUUUUUUCCAAACUUUUCCAAUCCCGCCCAUUGUUUGAACAAAAUGGCCUGUCCCUUAAAAAAAAAUUCACCCUAUAGUAUAUAAACCUGUGAUUGGAAACACCCAGUAACAUCUAGACCAUGGAAGCGUUUCAGCCCUGUUCUUGAGUUUGUUUGAAAUCUAAAACAGCUUAUCUUGUAUUCCUUUCUUUGAAUUUGUGCCAUUUAGGUUUUUAAACCUUUUUGCAAAAGCAGCACUAGAAUUUUCACAGUUGAGUCCUCAACCCUUUAUUACUGUGCUUUCCUUUCUUCAAGUUGGGCUUUGUUUAAAACUUGCCAUUUAGGUUUUCAAACUUUUUUUGUAAAUUCAGUAUUAGAAACUGUACUUUUGAGUCCUCAAUCCUUUAUUACUGUGCUUUGCCUUACCUAGGUCAAGCUAGAAUUAUAAUACUUCAGAAUUUUGGGGAGUUCUACCCCCUUUUUUUGAAUUUUGUUCAUUUAAAGUUUAUGAUUUUUCUAUUUCCUUCCUAGGAAACUGAAUAGUUCAGUGAAAUGAGGUUUGUAGCCGACAUCCCGUUAAGGCUCUGUUCAGUCUUAGGUUUUUCUAAUUUUUUCCUUUUUGAAUUUUAUUAUUUAGUUUAUUUCCACAAGAUAAUAUUUCUAGUCGAUUACUUCUCGUUUCAGGGAUUUUCACGGUAUUUCAUUUGUUUUGUGCAAUUUCUCAGUUCUGUGACUGUCUUUUUUCUAUUGCUAUCUGGUAUGCAGGCUGAGACCCUCUCUGUCCAUGGACUCUCUUGCCGGAGUGGUGCAUGCUCUGGUUAUUUCCCGCUUGGACUACUACAAUGUGCUCUAUGUGGGACUAACUUUGAAGGUGACCCAGAAAUUACAACUAAUCCAGAAUGCGGCAGCUAGACUGGUGACGGGGAGUGGCUGCCGAGACCACAUAACACUGGUCCUGAAAGACCUACAUUGGCUCCCAGUACGUUUCUGGGCACAAUUCAAAGUGUUGGUGCUGACCUUUAAAGCCCUAAACGGCCUCAGCCCAGUAGACCUGAAGGAGCGUCUCCACCCCCAUCAUUCUGCCCGGACACUGAGAUCCAGCACCGAGGGCCUUCUGGCGGUUCCCUCACUGUGAGAAGCGAAGUUACAGGGAACCAGGCAGAGGGCCUUCUUGGUAGUGGCUCACGCCUUGUGGAACACCCUCCCAUCAGAUGUCAACGAAAUAAACAACUAUCGGACUUUUAGAAGACAUCUGAAGGCAGCCCUGUUUGUUUAGGGAAGCUUUUAAUAUUUGAUGAAUCAUUGCAUUUUAAUAUUCUGUUGGAAGCCGCCCAGAGUGGCUGGGAAACCCAGCCAGAUGGGUGGGGUCUAAAUAAUAAAGUAUUAUAUUUAUUAUUAUCAGUUAAACUCCUGAACUGGUGCCUGGAAGCUGUUUUGGGCUAAAUGAGGGAGAACAAGCAGAGACUUUCGUCCAGACAAAAUGGAGGCACUAUAAGUAGGGAAACAGACUGCACGGGAUAGAGGUUUUUGGGUGGUCUUAGAUGGAGGUUGCACUCUCCCCUGAAGGACCAACCAAGUUUGCCCAGAUGAUGGCAGCCAAGAAUCCUUUAUAGGAGCUAGGGAAGGUAUGCCAGUUGUCUCAGUUAUUUAUGCACUAGUGGGAUCUUGACUAUUGUAAUGCGCUGAGGCUGCCCAGACAACAUGAGGUUGAUUUUGAAGACGGUUUGGAAAUUUCAGCUGGUGCAAAAUUGUGGCCACCUAGGUACUGUUCGGUGCCAGUCAGUCAGUUCACAUUAUGUUUAUAGUGUAUUAAUUAUGCUGUUUGCCAGUGUAUUUCCAGUCCCCAUUUUAAACUUCUGGUGCUCAGAGUUACAGGUCACAGGGACAGCUGAUACAUGUUCAGGAGGUUUUUCCACAAUAGGCAUAUCUCUAGCAUGCAGGCAGCAUUUGUGAGGGAAUGGUUUGGGUGUCUAAGCAGGGUCAACAUGCACAGACCCACUCUCCCACUCAGGGCUGGCCCAAUACAUUUUAGCACCUGAGGCAAGCCAUAAAAUGGUGUCCCCCACACCAGGGAAGAAGGGAGGAGUGAAGAUCUACAUAGAAAACAAGGGUGAGGGUCAAAGCAACUUUACCUGAUGGUUGGACUGGUAAUCAAAGGCAGGUGCAGAGUCCAGGAGACCCCAGAGGGCAGUCUCCAGCUAGAGCGGUUCCAAGAUGGCGUCGUUAGUGGAAGCACUGACUUGAGCUCCGCAGCAGUUGUGCGGUUUUUAUUAGUUUUUAUUAGUUUUAUCAGUUUUUAUUCAGCUUUUAUCAGCCUCAGUAUUUUAUCUACAACAUUUGGCAGCUGUUCUUUAACUAAUAUAUUCAAGGCUUGAGUUAAAAGCUCAAGUUAAAAGUCUUAGAAAAGGGAAGAGGGGGAGGAAAAACGCCGAGAAACAAGGAGCGGCUGAAACGGAAGGCAAGUUCUGCUUCAUUUUAUCCCCUGGCAGAAUUACUUGCCUACCUUGGAAGUAGUCUCGCGGAGAACCCUCCUGCAACACCCGACGGAGCUAAUGAACCGAGGUGAGAUUUUUACCAACUUGACCCUACAAGAUAAAUAAUGGUGAUGACCAGGAGUGGCUAUAGAACAUCAGGCUUUUACCAGAGUGAUUUAAGACCUCUCUCUAAAAGAGCUACCCUAAAGGGAACUCAAACAAAAAGCACUCGGCCCUUUAAGAAUAGGGAUAAAGUUAAGCCGAGUGAGAAUCAGCAGGAAACUGAAACUUUCCCCUCCCGCACUGAAGGGCCGGCUGUGCAGAGAGAGGAUUGUGUAGAAGAAUGCCACAACAAAGGGCCAAUAAAGCCCAAAGUAAAUCCAAACACAAUUGGUACAGUCACCAAAGCACUCCCAAAACAGAGACUUAAAUCCCAAGCUUCUCCUGAACCAUCCCAAGUCCGAGAAGUGGAAGAACUAAUGCUAAAACAAAUUGCAGAGAUCUCUUCGGGAAACCCUAAAACAUCAGGAGACCCCUGCUUCCAACCUGAGACAAAUGAGGAUGAGGAUGAGGAUUUAUCAGUUAUCAAAUGGCUUGUGCUUUUAACUGAGGCUAUCGAAAAUAUAAAAUCUCAUCUGGCCACCUGUACAAAAGUCCUCACUAUAAUGUUGGACACUUGCAAAACUCUCUGUAGGGAAUCCAGCGGGAUGACUGUAGAACUGGAAAGUAAUAACAACUUCCUUCCUAUCACCUGCAAAAACAGAUCACCAAGGAAGGCCAAGAGAUCUUGUAGGGCUACUGCCUUGGAAAGGAGGCCCAUAAGGGCAAAAAAGAGCAGAAAUGUUAAAAAUUUUAAGGCAGUGCGUUACAAAAAAUGGAUUUUAAAAGCUUUUAAUCUUCUCAAGAGUAUCCCAAUAACCGAGACCAGUGGGAACACUGAGAAAUUUUUAACCAGGAAAUCUUCUAAGCAAGAACGUUCUAUAAACCCUUGCCCUGACGCUGCGAUGGAUUCCUUGAAACCCUUAACACCUAUCCCAACACCUAACUCCAAGCAAGACAUCUUGAUCUAAGAUCCAUGGUCUUACAUUCUAUCUGUAGAUGAAACCAAUCCCUCUAAGAAGAGAAAUCUGAUAAAUCUAACAAAUAAAAACUGGAAUCUGGUGCUGUACCGAAACAAACUCGUUUUAUCAAAUUAUCCCAAACCCCCAGGACUCCUGUCACAAGAAGAGCGUAAAGCCCAUCUAUUAAACCUUUUAAAGAUCUAUAUGCCAGGCAUCCUUAAUAACCCUACUGAUUUGGCCCAAGUGGAAUAUCUAUACUUCAAUGGAUUCCUUGCCAGAGCGGUGGUCUCAUUCUGCGAAGGGAGACUGGCAAAACAAGUGUACAAAUGUGGAGAACAACUGGAGACGAGUGGUAUAAGAAUCUCAAGGAAUCUCAAGUGGUAUAAAAAUGAAGCACCUCCAAUUCCACUUAUCCCCCAUAUCGUAAAUUUGCCAAAAACUCAACAUGAGAUUGACCAAAACGUUUUAAUUGAUAUAAACUCUGCGGAGGACAUCUCCAAACAUCCUACUGGUCUGGUUGCCAAGGACUCUCAAAGGUUGGACUCCCUUGGGCCCAGGUAUGCGGAGAAUCAGGGAAUCGAUCUUGACAGCUUUGAUAAUAACUUACUCUACUCUUAUAGCGUUCUCCCGCAAGAAGUUCAGAAAGAAAUACUUCAUAAAAUUGAUACCCUUUACUUCUGCCUGACAAAAGUGACGGAGGAACAGCUGAGAUUACCUAAACAAAAUAUGCUUGAUAGAGACUGUGGUUCAGAUUCUGUCCCACGUUUAUACCACCAAGAACUGGACCUGUGGGUUGGGAAGGCACCCACCCCUACCAGCCAACUGGUUGUUGCGGAAAUGAAUCCACUCUUCCAUAUUCUGGAGGCGGAAACCUUACCACCAGACCCAUCUACCAUGCACCCCAUCUCUGAGGCAAAUAUGACUACAACAUCUGCCUGGGACAAAAUGAGGGAACUCAACGAAUCUGAAUUAGGCUCUCCAUGUAAAGUGCCCCAUAUGACCCAUAAGUUACUUACUUGUAACUUUAUUAACCCACUCUCUUCUAACGUGUGCAAGUUGAAUAAAUCCAUAGAUACCAUCGAACCGAUAACAGAACCAGCUGAACCAGACCAACAAAUGAGAGACGGCUCCAUUUUAUUUUUAGCCCCGAAGAAUGAUCUGGUCGAAGACCCGACAGGUCGUAUUAACAAAAUUAUCCAAACAAUUAAUGAUCACUCAACUAGUGGCACGAUACCUGUUGACUUAAAUUCGCUCUCUUUAAGUAAUACCCCCCUAAUCCCACCAUCUGGCUCUGAAAAGUCGACUAUCUUAGGCCUAACAUCUGCCUUUAGCGAGACGAGUGGCAAGACUUUACAGCCAAACCACCCCAAUAAAUCUAAACAGUUGGGAUGUAUAGCACGAUUGCCACCUUCUCAAAGGAAAAUUACUGAUUUUUUUUGAAGCUGAAACUCCCCCAAAUUUAGAAUCCCAUUCCCACAUGAUCUGACUACCUAACGACCAACCCAGCCACUCCUCGAUGUCAUUUUUAUGCUGGAAUAUUGCAGGAUGGAGGGGGAAGAAAUUUGAUCCAGACUUCUUAAAAUUUAUUAAUUUAUUCCAAGUAAUUCUCCUACAAGAAACUUGGGAAGAGGAGGUGAUUGACAUAAAUGGAUACAAUACCAUUUUGCUCCCAGCUAGCCCCUCUCUUAAAGGUGGACGCCCUAGGGGAGGUUUGGUAAUAGCCAUCUCCCUCAAAUUGCAAGCAAAACUUACACUUGUUAAAUCUUCCUCGCCUUACGCGAUCACAGGAUUGAUUUCAGGAGGGAAAUUUGAACUACUGGUAACAAAUGUUUAUUUCCCCCCUGGGGGGCAGGUAGUGGACCUCCAUUCUAAAUGGGAAACACUUGAAGAACACCUAGCUUUCUGUUACACUAAGUUCCCAAAUAUCUCAGCAGUCAUAGGAGGUGAUUUUAAUGCUCGUACAGCUGCAAACUGGGAAGCGCUAGGUAAGGCCAAAUGGUGGGUCAUACCUGAUCACCAGAACUUGGAUUUCUCCCCCCAUAUACAGAGAAAAUCGAAAGAUAAUAGGAUUAACGAAGUGGGAACCCUUCUUUAUCAACUGAUUUUACGUUUGAAUUUGAUAAUUUUAAAUGGAAAUUGUCCCCCGGAUAUUCCGGGUGAGUUCACUCAUUUGAGCACCCUUACAAAUAGUGUUCUUGAUUAUUUUAUUGUCUCCAGAGAUCUAUUCCCAAAUUUUACUUAUUUUAAAAUAGAAAACGUCCAAAUGAGCGACCAUCUCCCCUUGAGUGCCAAGCUUUCCCUAGACUGGCAGUCUAUCAAGUCCAGACACCCCAUAUAUAUGGGAAUAAAUACUGCAGAACAAGUGAGAGGAAUAAAAUGGUCAGUAACUCAAGCCCAAAAAUAUAUGGAAUUUUUCCAACAAGAGAUAAUUCAAACUCAUGUUGCUUUGGAUUUAGAUUUGUAUGGGCAUGAACAAAUUAUUAAUUCAUUUUCUCUGCUUACAGAAGAUCUUAUGUCCUUUUUUACAGUACCAGCCACCCAAGUAAAUCGGGCCCAUUUUAAGACCGGUGCCCCUUGGUUCAACUUAAAAUGCAAACAAGCUAGACGACAUCUCUGUGCCAUUUACAAUGAAUAUAAAUCUUCUGGCGCUUUAGUAUUACCUAGGAAUUACCAACAAGCAAAAACAGCAUAUAAGCAAGCCCAGAGAAUGGCUAAGCAAGAGUGGCAACAAAAUCGCUGGCAAGCGCCUAUAGUCGCCUCUAGUCCAUGUAGCUCAUGGCAAUUUUGGCAAUUGGUUAAUAGAAGAUCAAGGAGAUACCCUUUAACAAUAAUUCCUGCCCCGGUCUGGGAAUCCUUUUUUAAGGAAAUAUUUUGCGUCACCAGAUUCCAAUACCAACGCUUUUGAUGAUGUAUUUGACCAUCUCCCCAUCUGGCCCCCUACUGACCCCGAUGAAAUCUUGAAUUUAAUCUCUAAACUUAAAAUCGGCAAAGCCCCUGGGCCAGAUUUGGUUCCGGCGGAAGCCAUAAAACUACAUUCCGACUGGUGGGCAAAAAUCCUGGCUGUUACUUUCGAUGCUAUUAAUGCAACUGGAAGGGUGCCAAAAAUAUGGAAGGACGCUAUUAUAAUCCCAAUAUAUAAAAAAGGCUCCCCAGACGACCCGGAGAAUUAUAGGAAUAUUAGUUUACUGUCAAUAGUUGGAAAGAUAUAUGCACGUUUUCUGCUGAAUAGACUUACCCAAUGGGCUGAAGAAAAGAAACUGAUAGGCCCCGAGCAAGCAGGAUUCAGACUGAACCAGUCAACUACGGACCAUGUUUUAGUCUUGCACCAUCUAGCCCGGAAAUAUUCCUCUUCAAACCGAAGCCAACUUUGUGCGGCUUUUAUCGACCUUAAGGCUGCAUUUGACAGCAUCCCAAGAAGGUUACUCUGGGAAAAGUUGGCCCGAUGGGGAAUUGACAGAAGACUUUUAUGGUUAAUAAUCCAGCUGCAUGAGGGGUCGGCUGCUAGGGUGAGAAUAACCCCAGCCGGCGAUCUCACAAACUCUGUGCCCAUCAACAGAGGAGUCCGGCAAGGAUGUAUCCUAGCUCCUUUUCUUUUCAAUUUAUUCAUUAGUGACAUGAGGAUACCAUUGGCUGAAUCUCAGGAAAUCACCCAUGCCCCCCGUCUCGCAAACUAUCGUUGCCCAUUAUUACUCUAUGCUGAUGAUGCUGUGAUUUUAUCCUUCUCAAGAAUUGGCCUCAGGAGAGCAUUAAAACUAUUUGUUUCAUAUUGUAAAACAAAUUCCCUCACUAUAAAUCAAUCUAAAUCCAAAGUACUAAUUUUCUCAAAAAGUCGGAAAUCUUAUAAGUGGCAAUUAGAUGGAAAACCUAUUGAACAGGUUUAUAAAUUUUAAUACCUGGGAGUUUUUCUCCAAUAUAAUCUGGGUUGGAAGGCGCACAUUGCACAUAUUUUAAACAAGGCCAAGGCCCUAUCCUUUGCGCUUUUGCGCUUUUUCUUUUCGGACGGGGCUCUUCAUGUUCCAUCUGCCUUGAAAGUAUUCAAAGCUAAAGUAAUUGCAACAUUGGCAUAUGCUGUUCCUUUAUGGGGGACCGCAGUAAACUUGAUGACCUUGGAGGUAAUUCAAAACCAAUUUCUAAGACGACUGCUAAAACUUCCUCAGUGCGUUAGUAACGCAGCUAUUUGCUUAGAAUUAAAGACUACAUCUUUAGAAAAUACUCUUUGGAGGCGCAGCCUUUGUUACUGGUUGUCCUUAAGGCAUAGGCUCCCAAAUCUGUAUUUGAUCCAAUGCCUCUGGAGAGAUAAUUUUCCCGUCCUAGGGGCAAAAGAGAUCCAUUCCAAAGUAGUGACCUAUGGAUUGUCUCCAUCAGAAUUAUUGGAAUUGGACCUAGCCACAGCAAAAAAAACCCUCACUCAAAAACUUGAGGAGAUAGACCUACAACAAAACAUCAUUUUGGGUAGUGGCACUUGCUCACCAUUAAAUCUUGGCAUAGUGCCCUCACAGCAGAUACCAUCUUAUUUGACCUCUUUGUCUGUAGCGGCCCACAGAUAUGCCUUUAUUAAGGCAAGAUUUAACGCCUUUCCUUCCAAUGUCUUGAAUAAUAGAUUUUCCAAUGGACGGAUCUCAGCGGUGUGUGUAUGUGAUAAUAGAGCUAUAGAAUCUUUACAACAUAUACUAUUCUGCUGUUCACUACAUUCAGUUUCUCGGAGCAGAUUUUUGUCCCCUUUAUUAUUGGAAAUCUCAGGUGAUUCCUUGGAAACACAGCUAAUACAUUUAUUGCAAGAUUCUGAUCCAAGUAGGUCCCUUUCUGUUGCCAGAUUUCUGAUAACAGUAUUAGCCUAUAAAAGGAAAAAUGGAUUACUCUAUGAUUAUUGAUUUUGCCUAAAUAAUAUUGAUUUAUACUGAUAAUCUGAUACUUUAAGCGCUAUAUUGUUCUUAUUUUAAUGGAAUUUAGAAACUUACGGAUUGAGAUGUACUUGACUUAAACGUAAUUUAAUUUAUUAAUUUUAUCUUGUUAUACCUGUUCUGCUGUAUGAUGUAUUGAAUGUGGGCCUAUGGCCGUAAUAAACUAAACUAAGGGCAGUCUCCAUAGGAGGAAGACCAGCAGUCCCUCCUAUUUGCCAAGAGGCCAUUGUGGAGGCAACAUUUGGAGCAGCUGCUGAGGAGGCAGCAGAUUGGGCCUCCAAGGAACCCUGGCACUGCAGCAGCAACAGAGGCAAUGCAUUCCUCAGAGGCUUGAUUUGCCACUUCUGUGGAUCCUGCUGACAGAGGCAGUUGCCUCACCUUGCUAUAUGAGUAGGCCAACCCUGCUCCUAUCUCAUGUGAGGCUGGAUGCCUGAAUAGGCCUUACGUUGCAUGUGCACUGUGUUGGGAUCGUCCUACUCUCGUGUAGGACCCUGGCAGAGACACAUGCCCAACUGGCAAGUUCUCUCCCUCCUGGUCUGUCGUUUGGCAGCUUCAAAAGCUUUCUUCAGCCUGAACAUCACAGUGAUUGAUACCAAAAGGCGUCAGCACACUUAGGAACCUGCAGAGUAUUUGCAGUUUGCAUAACGAAACUCAGUAUCACAGCAUUUUGGCUAAUCUACUUUAUUUACAUAUGCACUUGGAGCAUUCUACCUUAGCUCCUUCCUCUUUCUCAUCAGACAGCAAAGAGAGAAAGAACAAAGGACAAUAGUCCCACUUCACGGAACACAGUAACACAAAACAUCCUGUCUCUGUCACUUCCCAUACUGUGGAAUGAAAACAUACACCAUCAUGUGAUAGACAACAAUUCCAUGACUGCAAACACGGAGCAAGAAUCCUCUGUCUGGUGGAAAGGUUUAGGAUUCCAGUUUAAAUUUGGUUGUCAGGUAUAAUUCCAAGAGGAAUCAGUCUAAUAAAAGGUGGAAUGAAUCUGUGUUUCUUAAUAUUUCAUGUAUGUUGAUAUUGCUUGCAUCCGCCACAGGACAUUGACUCCACUGUUACAGCAGAUGAAUUUCAAGAGAUGUCCAGAGUACUGUUAUGUUGGAAGAGUUUCAGUUAGUAAGUUUCAAGGAUGCAAACAAGGUGCUUGGAUUGGUCAGGGUGGCAGUUUGCAUUCUGGACCCAUGACCCUCUUGGCUGAGAAAAACUUAACAGGGAAGGGACAGCUGGCUGGCCCAGGGAAGUAUUAAUGCUUCCUUAUGAGAGGGACAGGGCCCUGUCUGCUUGAAGAAGGCAGUGGCAAAACCACUCAUAGAAACUCUCCCUGGAUUCAGAAAAUCUAAGUAAUUACCAGCCAGUUGCCAAUUUCCCCUUCUUGGGCAAGGUUCUUGAGCAAGUGGUCACGGGCCAGAUCCAGGCACUGUUGGAGGAAAUUGAUUUUCUUAAAAAAAAAAAUAUUGUCAGGGAACUGCCAUCGGCUCAGGGGCGAGAGGCGAAAAGCCGGGUGGAUUACAGAGAGCCCCCAAAGAUCGUGGGAAGCAGCACCUCCUCAGCGGAGGGGAAUAGCCACGCCUCUAGUGGAGAGGAGCUUCAGGGCUCGGAGGAGGCGAGGCGGUGCCAGGACACCUUGCCUGAGCAAGCGGGGAGGAGAGAGGUCCUCCGUUACCCACGCCUUCCUUGCGCAGUAGGCUUCCGCGCAGAGAGGGGAGGCGCAGACUGGGCAUCAAGCAACUACUCUGCUGGGGAAGGUUUAAGGACCGCCCACUCUCAGAUUCUGCCAGUGAAUGAGCAAGCCACGGAAUAGAGGAGCUCUGCAUAGUGAAGGGUUUUGCACCAAUAACAAGGCUUUACAACAGACUAGGGAGGCAUUUGCUUGAUUGCUCUCGAGCAACCCCCUGAUACCUGUAACAUAUAUACCGUAUUUUUCGCUCUAUAGGGUGCACUUUUUCCCCUUCAAAAAUUAAGGGCAAAUGUGUGUGCAUCCUAUGGAACGAAUGCAGGCUCCUUGGCUUCAGCGGUAGCAACGCGAAGCCUCCGAAGCGCAGAGGGAGCGCUCCCUCCAUGCCUCGGAGGCUUCGCGUUGCUUUCUCUGAAGCGUGGAGAGCGAGAGGGGUCGUUGCGCACCGACCCCUCUCGCUCUCCAGGCUUCAGGGAUAGCCGCCUGAAGCCUUCGGAGCGGAGCGCGAGUUCCCGCUGCGCUCCGCAGGCUCCAGGUUCCUUUUGCUGAAGCCAGGAGAGCAAGACUCUCUCAGCUUCAGCAGAGAGGGAGAGCUGUGCAGCGCCCCUUCAGCCAAGCGGGAGGAGAAAUGGAAGGGGCUCCGUUUCUCCUGCCACUUCACUGAAGGGGCGCUGAGCAGAGAGGGGGAUUUUUUUCGUGUUCUCCCCCUCUAAAACAAGGUGCGUCUUAUAGAGCGAAAAAUACCAUAUAUUGGUUUUUCCAUGUAUACAUCCUCUAACAAUAUUUCUCUAACACUUUUCCAUAGUUCCCCCCCUCCUCCCUGGACUUCCCUCAUGUUCCCAUUUUGUUUUAUUUCCAUAUUACUCAUCCUGCGUGUUGUUUCCCAAAAUUUUCCCCAUACAUCUUAGUUUUUGUUAUAUACAAUUGUGUUUGUUUAUUCAAACCCUGCCAGUGAGUCCAAUUCUUUAUGUUGCCUCUUCAUAUAUGUUGUAAAUGGUUCCCAUUCUCUUUUAAAAUCUUUGUUAUCCUUUUCAUGUCAUUUCUGUGUUAAUUUUGCCAGUUCUGCAUAUUCCAUAAGUUUCCCUUGCCAUUGUUCUUUCGUUGGUAUUUCUUCUGUCUUCCAAACUUGUGCUAAUAUAAUUCUUGCUGCUGUUGUUGCAUACAUAAAUAAUUUCCAAUUUUUUAAAAAAUCUUGAGCUAAAAUUCCUAGGAGGAAUGCUUCUGGUUUCUUAACAAAAGUCUUUUUAAGCAUUUUUUUCAAUUCAUUAUAUAUCAUUUCCUAAUAAUUUCUAGCCCUUUUGCACUCCCACCACACAUGAUAAAAUGUACCAUCUUUUUCUUUAUGUUUCCAACAGGUUUUAAAUCCCUUUUUAUACAUUUUUGCCACUUUCUUUGGUGUAAUACACCAUCAUAUUCAAAUAAUUCUCUUUCAGUAAGAUACAAUCUGUAAAUUUUAAAUUCACCUCCCACAUCUUUUCCCAAUCUUCCAGUUGUAUAUUAUGACCUAAAUCCUGAGUCAACUUUAUUUGUGCUGACUUUACCAUUUUGUUCAGCGUUUCCCCAUAUAACAGGAGAUUAUACAUUUUUUUAAAGUAAUUUCGUAUCACUCUCAAUUAUCUCUUUUUGAAAGUUUGACACAGUAGCUCAAACCUUUCUUAUUGUAUUCCUUAAACUGUUUGUUCAAUUGUCUAUGAUGUAACCAACUUUGCAAUGUAGUCUUUAGUUCCUCAUAUUCUUUCAGCUUUAACCCUUUUUCAGCCCCUAUUAAUAAUUCUCUGUACGUCAGCCAACUGGAGGAAAUUGAUUUUCUAGACCCAUAUCAGUCCCCUAUGAACCUAUACAAUGUUGGUUUCUAUGCCUAUUUCAAGUUCUAGGGGUUGAUGAAUGACCUAAGAAUUACAAGACUUUUGGUGCAUUAAAAGACCUAUUGAUGAUGUGGUGUAAGUAACCACUUGCCUAAUGGUGUCUGUGGUGUUGAGUAAAAAUCACUUCCAUAAGGAGACCAGGUCAAAGAUGGUAGACCAGGUCAAAGAUGGGAUCCAAACCUUAAGUUGAAGGAACUUAAAAAGUCCCAUAUACUUUGCAUAAUUUCCUGUCCCAUUUCCCCCCUCUGGUACAGUGGCUUACAAACUGUUCUGAAGAACCUUGUGAUACGUCAGAGUGUAUUGAUGGUUUCUCAGUAGGAAGUGUUGGCAUGCGACCAAGGAAACGGGGGCAGUUGGCAGGCCCCCAUCUGGCUCCAGCCCACAGGCCGGUGUGCCGGGCAAUCUCCAGUCCUUGGAUCAGCAUGAAUCUGUGACCCGAGCCCAGGCUUUUGAAGACUGAGCAUGCUACUCAGCAGCGUAAAUGCGCAAACAGAAGUGGCAGGAGAGGUUGUGUGAGCAUAUUUACAAGCAGUUUAUUCAGCAUACAUCAGGACAAAAGGAAACAUGUCUGAUCUUUGUGUCCAAAGCAAGACAGCUAAAGCAAAAGCAAUGCACAAACGGAAGCUCCCAGCAAGCUGUGCUGGACUGUAAACAGACAUGUGACAUGCAACAAUCCACACGUCUGUUCUUAAGGUGGUACGGAAUAUCCAAACAGGAAGAUCAGGAAGAUUACCGAUCUUUCCCUCCAAUAUAUGGCUGACAGUGUUAUACACUUGCUAAGGAACCUGGUUCACAUGGAAUGACAUUCCAACUCUAUGAUUCUAUGAUUCUAUAUGGUGUGUCCUGCUUGGCAGGGGGUUGGACUCGAUGGCCCUUGUGGUCUCUUCCAACUCUAUGAUUCUAUUCUAGGGGCCUAAUAGGACCUGUCCAGCAUCCUAUGUGACAUCCUAGAAUGCCACAUAUGGAGAAGUUCUUCAACAGAUGUGGAACAUAGUUCACUAAAAGUUGAAAGUUUCGAAAAGCCAUUGCUCAAGUUUGUCAAACAAAUACCAGCAGGAGACUCUUGAGCUUGGGCCUGGCCUGGAGGCAUUCCACUACAAUUCCUGUAUAGAUAUCUCUUGAAACUUUUGGUGCCAGGAUUCUGUGUUCACCCAGAAGUAAAUAAUUUUGACCUGUGAUGCCAGCUUCCUCCAGAUCAUAGAAUAGCUUCAGGGAGGUAGGUAUCAGCCCAUUCCCUGACUAGCAUUAAGAGGCAGAAUAACACAGUAAGUUAGUCUGUUACCCGAGAGACAAGUGAGAAUUAACAGAUGAUUGAGAAAAAAUUGGUCAAGCCAUAAGACUGAGAGAGGGUGAGAGCUUAGCAUAAGUUUACCAGACGUCCCCGUUUCCCAGGGACAGUCCCUGGAUUUACAGAUCAGUCCCCUGACAAAAUCCAUCUAUUUAGUAGGAAGUUGAAAUGUGUCCCCGGAUUCGUUGAAAAAAGUCUGGUAACCUUAGCUUAGCAGAUAAGAUGGGAACUCUGGAGUGGAAAUAAAUGGUGUGCUGGUUAGAGUGUUGGACUAGGACCUGGGAGACCAAGCUUCAAAUCCCCACUCAGACAUGUAGCUUUAUGGGUGAUCUUGGGCCAGUCACCAUCUCCCAGCCUACCUAUUGCACAAGGCUGGUUGUCAGGAUGCAAUGGGUUUGGGAAGAGAGAGAGCGAAAGAGAGAUGCCACCCUGAGCUUCUUGGAAAAUAAGGCUGAUGUUUCAUUUAUUUGUUUGCUUUUCUCUGUUUUUACGCCACCCUUCAGCAAAGCUACCAGGGCAGUAUACAAAGAAAUAGUAAAACCUUUUCUUUUCUUUUCUACAAUGAAAUACAAAAACACAGACAAAACAGACCAGGAGCAUAGAAACGCCGCAGAACAAGUAAAACCUAACCAGCCACUUUGCACAUUCCAUUGUGGAAGGCAAAUCAUCAGCAUCUUUGCUUAAAACGCAGCAUAGUUGGCACUAGGCAAACCUUCUUGGAAAAGGGAAAUAGUUUUAAGGGUGCUUCAGUGCAUAGUCAGAGGCUACAGGCAACCACCUCCCUUCAGGGUUACACACAGCAGCUGCUGGGUGCUAUAUGAAUCACCCCUAGAAACACAACAUGGGAGGCAGCCCCCAUUCUGCAUGGUGGGACCAACACAAGUCCAGACGUGGGGACUUCCGGUGGAGCACGAUCCUGUCGGAAGCGAGGGAUUUUUCGGUGAGAGGAAUCCCGGCUAUUUCGGAAGGAAAAGGGGGUGCUACAGGGCGCAGUAGCCCCCUAUUAAUCCUCUGGAGGGUGUCCAGGGUCUCAGGUUCCCGGCAGUGCCCAAAAAGCUGGCCGUCCGGCCGUCAGGUAGCCUCCAAAAAGGGGUGAAGAGUACAGCGGAACGGGAUAGCGGGCUAUCGGGAAGCCAUUGCUGCAUCCGAAUAGCGAAGCCCCGAGCUUGCAAGGAACAGCGCUCCGCUCUCAAAACUAAGAAAUUUGGACCCAAUUAAACUACAAAUUAGAAGAUGUGGAUUUAAGGAAGGCUCCGAAAUAACAAGGAUUUAUUUGAGUUCAGCUGCUAUCUGGAAUCAGCUUAGACGCAGCAAUACAUGCAGAGCUCGAAAAUGAAAGUAAGUUGCCACUAGCGGCUAUUGUCUCCGUUUCCCUUGUAACUUUUAGGAACAAAGUAAAGAAGUUAAAAGUAACUUUUGCAGAAGAUAUAAAGAAGUACAAGGCUACUACAAAAAAGGGGGAACAGAAAGUUAUUAUUGUGGCGUAUAGAGGUCUUGGAUGUAAAGGAGGAUAUAUAAAGAACAAGAUUCUUUGUCUCUCCACUUUCACUUUUCAAGACAAAGAAUGGAGAAACGGAAGGAUAGUUUCCGACUCCAUUGUUAAUAGUAAAAGCUUUGGAAAGGCUGCAGUUGCAGUGAAGAGGAAUUAA